UUUAUAUAUAACACUAGCAGCUAGAGGAACAUAGUUUCUUAGGUAUAUCCAGAAUCUAGGACCCAAAACCUGUUAGAUUUCCAAACUCUGUUCCUUUUUUCUGUUGUGUUUACAAUAAUGACGGAAAAACCGGACAUUGAUUCAUCCUUGAGUGUCCCUUUGCUAACUGAGUUCAAUAAGGGAGCCAUAGAUGAGGAGAAGCUCAUAGACCCUCAUCACUCUUCUACCAAUACAAAGCCUGCUUCUUUCUUUCACACCACCCUAAAUGGACUCAAUGCUAUCUCAGGUGUUGGGAUACUCUCAGUUCCAUAUGCUCUAGCAUCUGGAGGGUGGUUAAGCUUAACUCUUCUAUUUGCUAUUGCCAUGGCAGCAUUUUAUGCAGGUGUGUUGAUUAAGAAAUGCAUGGACAAGAAUUCGAACAUUAGAACCUACCCUGAUAUUGGGGAGCUUGCAUUUGGUAAAAUAGGAAGACUAAUCGUGUCGGUGUCAAUGUACAUGGAACUCUACUUAGUCUCAAUAGGGUUCUUGAUUCUUGAGGGUGAUAACUUGAAUGAGCUUUUCCCUAACGUUGAGCUCGAAUUGGUGGCUGGUUUAACAAUUAGUGGGAAGCAAUUCUUUGUGAUUUUGGUUGCUCUUAUAAUCUUGCCUACUGUUUGGUUGGAUGAUAUGAACAUGCUCUCUUAUGUAUCUGCAAGUGGUGUGUUUGCCUCUGCUAUUAUCAUCAUUUCGAUAUCUUGGACUGCGACAAUUGGCGGAGUUGGUUUUAGUCACAAGGGAACUCUUCUGAAUUUGAGUGGAAUCCCCACAUCUGUUAGCUUGUAUGCAUUUUGUUAUUGUGCUCACCCUGUCUUCCCUACAUUGUACAAUUCAAUGAGGAACAAACACCAGUUCUCUAAUGUUCUAUUUGUGUGCUUUUUUUUAACCACAGCUGGUUAUGCUUCCAUGGCUAUAAUCGGAUACCUCAUGUUCGGUCCAAACGUUCAAUCACAAGUAACAUUGAACCUGCCAAUAGACAAAUUAAGCUCAAGAGUAGCAAUAUACACAACAUUGGUCAAUCCAAUAUCGAAGUAUGCUUUGAUGACAACACCUAUCACCAAUGCUUUGAAAAAUUUGCUUCCAAGAAAGUACAAGAAUAGAUUCACCAAAAUUUUGGUCAGCACUAUGAUGGUAACCAGCACUGUCAUUAUUGCCUUGACUGUGCCUUUAUUUGGGGAACUAAUGUCUCUGGUUGGAGCAUUUCUAAGUGUCACAGCUUCAAUUCUUCUUCCAUGCUCAUGCUACUUGAAGAUUUCAGGAAAAUACAGGAUUUUGGGGUGUGAAACAAUAGCCAUAGUGGCUAUAAUUGUAGCAGCUGUGGUAAUUGGAAUAGCUGGAACAUAUACCUCACUCAUGGAUAUUGUGCACCAUUUUAAUAUCUAGUCCUUUAUUCCUUUUAUUUUUUUUUUUGUAAAAUAUAUUGGCAGGGACCAAAAUCAUGGUAAAGUAAGAUUUGGUGUAGUUUAGUGGAUCAAUUUUGUAGAUGUCCUAACUUGUAAGGAUCAUGAGUGAAUAGGCGCUAGUACAUAAGCUGUUCCAUUUUUAUGUACCUCUAAUCAUGAGUGGUAAAUUUUACUAUGAUAUUAUGAUAACAUAAAUGUUUUAAGUAUUUAGAAAA